CCUGCGCAUGCGCGCCACCCCAGAGGGAGACCGUCUCAGUGGGACUAAGCUCAAGCGGCGGCCUUCACGCCCUGGGGCGGUAACGCUGCGGUUAACACGGGAGUCCGUUAAAGUCGGCGCGCCGCUGGAGCAACACCACCUCUGUGUGUCGGGGGAGGCUGAUGGCGGCCCCCGUGCCCUGGAGCCGGGCGGCGGCCUGCGCUGCAGCCGUAUUCCCUUUAGCAUUGUUGGCUUUUCCACGGACCACAGUCAUUGCCAUGAGAUGUGCAUCCAAAAAGGCAGGAGGCAGUUCAAAAAAUCUGGGGGGCAACAGCCCAGGCCGACGCUAUGGAUGGAAGAAGGGAGAUGGGGCUUUUGUUCGUACAGGAAACAUUCUGGCAACUCAGCGCCUGAUCCGCUGGCACCCAGGAGCAAAUGUGGCAAUGGGUCGGAACAAGACUCUUGUUGCUCUUGAAGAUGGCACAGUCCGUUACACAAAAGAGAUCUACAUCCCUCCACCUCGCAGCUUGGAGUCCAUGAAAGUGAUCUCUCGCCUUCCUGUGGGGGGAGUCCUUUAUAAGACAUUUAUUAAUGUGGUCCCCACCGAGCAGAAAGGUUAUUUUAAGCUUGUGGAUAUGCUUUGAUCCUGUGGAACGGGUAUGCCACACUGCAGGCUGGCUGACGGGCAAAGGUUUCACAAGAUCACAAGACAAGGGAGCAGAAGCAGGCCAUUCGGCCCAUCGAGUCUGCUCCAAGGAAAAGGGAAAAAGAAAUGGGGUGGGAAAAAAAGAAGAAAAAAAAAAUUGAAUGACCAUUGGCCUAUCUGGGAAGGGAACACUUUGUUCUGACAACAUUCCCUUCUACUAACAGUUGACACUGGCUGAGAUCCACAAGUGCCCAGUGACCUUUGUCCCUUUUCACUUGUGACCCUGCCCUGAGGACAUCAUUGAAUCUGAGAGCGGGGAGGAGGCUGCCAGAUAGCCCAUUGUGCCUGAGGUGGCUCGAUUGAAAGAGCUGUCCAGGUAGCCACAUUUCCCAGCUCUCUCCUUGUGGCCACACAAGUGUUUACUUCGUUUUGGCAUGUGACUAUUUCACCAUGGAUCCAUGCUACUUUAGUCUGGGCCCUUGCUGGAUAUCCACAGCCUCACUUUUUGACACCGGUCACAAGUGUUCAAGAGAGAGAAUGUUAAUUACAGGGUGGCUUCUUGACUGAAAUCAGCCGGCAUCAUCUGCUCUGUAUACCUUGCAGAAACUGAAUCCCGUUUUCAUUCCUCCCCAAGUGUGACUUUCAUGCCUUUAAUAAAUUUUUUUAAUCCAGUG